AAGUUUCGAACAGUGCUUCGGAAACUUUCUGGGCUGCGCAUGCGCAUUCCACCGGUACCUCAGUUGACACGUCGGAGGCGGUGAGAAGGCAAAACAACAACUCUGGGUGUCUCAUAGAUUUGAUUAUUUUAUUAUUGAAGCACAAUGCCGUUACGCUUAGAUGUGAAGCGUAAGUUGACCGCGAGGUCUGACCGUGUAAAAUCAGUGGACUUGCAUCCUACAGAACCAUGGAUGCUGGCCUCCCUUUAUAAUGGCAAUGUUCAUGUCUGGAAUAUUGAGAGUCAACAACUCGUUAAAAGCUUUGAGGUAUGUGACUUGCCAGUGAGGGCAUCUAAGUUUGUCGCAAGGAAAAACUGGGUCAUAACUGGCUCAGAUGACAUGCAAGUUCGUGUCUUCAAUUACAACACAUUGGAAAGAGUACAUCAGUUUGAAGCCCAUUCGGAUUAUGUGAGAUGCAUAGCUGUUCAUCCAACUCAGCCAUUUAUCCUUACUUGUAGUGAUGACAUGACCAUUAAACUGUGGAAUUGGGAUAAGAAAUGGUCAUGCCAGCAAGUGUUUGAAGGUCACUCACACUAUGUUAUGCAGAUAGUCAUUAACCCAAAGGACAACAACACCUUCGCUUCAGCCUCUUUAGAUAGAACAGUCAAGGUUUGGCAAUUGGGUUCACCUCAGCCUAACUUUACUCUAGAAGGCCACCAGAGAGGUGUUAACUGUGUGGAUUAUUACCAUGGUGGUGACAAGCCAUAUCUCAUCUCAGGAGCUGAUGACAGCUUGGUCAAGAUUUGGGAUUACCAGAACAAAACUUGUGUGCAGACCCUUGAAGGGCAUUCACAAAAUGUAUCUUCCGUUUCAUUCCAUCCUGAGCUGCCUAUCAUUCUCACGGGGUCGGAGGACUGCACUGUUCGAGUAUGGCACGUCAACACUUACCGAUUAGAGAGCACUUUGAACUAUGGUUUAGACAGAGUUUGGUGCAUCAGCUCCUUGAAAGGAUCUAACAAUGUCUGCUUUGGAUAUGAUGAGGGUAGUGUUAUGAUUAAGCUUGGGCGUGAAGAACCUGCAAUGUCUAUGGAUGUCAGUGGUAAGAUUGUGUGGGCUCGCCACUCCGAGAUUCAACAGGCUAAUCUAAAAGCUAUGGGAGAGACUGAAAUUCUUGAUGGGGAAAGACUUCCUUUAGCUGUGAAGGACUUAGGUGCUUGUGAUAUCUACCCUCAGACUAUUGCUCAUAAUCCAAAUGGAAGAUUUGUAGUUGUCUGUGGUGAUGGCGAAUACAUCAUCUACACUGCAAUGGCACUGAGGAACAAGGCUUUUGGGCCUGCACUCGAAUUUGUGUGGGCGCUCGACUCUUCUGAAUAUGCCAUCAGAGAGUCCAACUUUGUUGUCAAACUCUUCAAGAACUUCAAGGAAAAGAAGUCAUUCAAGCCAGAGUUUGGUUGUGAAGCUAUCUUUGGUGGGUAUUUGCUAGGAUGCAGAUCUAGUGCUACUGGCCUUGCAUUCUAUGACUGGGAAACACAAGAGCUUGUCCGUCGCAUUGAAAUUCAGCCACGUCAAAUUUUCUGGUCAGAGAAUGGGGACUACGUAUGCAUUGCUACUGAUGAAAAUUACUUUAUCCUGAAGUACAGUUCUGACGCAGUUACUAAUGCCAGGGAUAACAAGGAAAAUGUAACAGAAGAUGGUAUUGAGGAUGCCUUUGAUCUUGUUGGUGAGGUUCAGGAGAUUGUGAAGACUGGCAAGUGGGUUGGAGACUGCUUUAUCUACACUAAUUCAGUCAAUCGCCUUAACUACUAUGUUGGUGGAGAAAUAGUUACAAUAGCACAUUUAGACAGAACAUUAUAUUUGAUAGGCUACAUUCCCAAAGAAAACAGAUUAUACCUUGGAGACAAAGAACUCAACGUUGUCUCAUACGAGUUACUGGUGUCAGUUUUGGAGUAUCAGACAGCUGUAAUGAGGCGCGAUUUUGAUACCGCGGACCGUGUUCUUCCUACAAUCCCCCCUGCUCAUCGCACUAGAGUAGCACAUUUUCUAGAGAAGCAGGGAUUCAAGAAGCAGGCUUUGGCUGUAUCCACAGAUCCUGAACACAGGUUUGACUUGGCUUUGAGUCUUGGGGAGUUGGAAGUGUGCCACCAGCUGGCACUUGAAGCAGGAUCUGAGCACAAGUGGCAGUUAGUGGCUGACCUUGCCCAGCAGCAGGGCGAUUUGCAGACAGCUCAAACUUGUUUACUUCGUGCACACGACUACCCUGGUCUACUACUUCAAGCUACGUCAACAGGAAAUGCCACACUGAUCAAAGAAGUUUGCACUGAAGCAGAAAACCAAGGCAGAAAUAAUGUUGCUUUCCUUUCAUAUUUCUUGACUGGUAACUUGAAGGGAUGCUUGGAGCUCCUCAUCAAAACUAAUCGUGUACCAGAGGCUGCGUUCUUUGCCAGAACCUACUUGCCAAGUGAAAUGUCACGUGUUGUGGGACUUUGGAAAGAAGCUGCUGGAGAGAAAAUAGGCCAGAGUUUAGCAGAUCCUGCUCAGUAUGACAACUUGUUCCCUGGCUACAAAGAUGCUGUCAAGACCCAACACUACUUAGAAAAAGAAGCCAAGCCCAUUCCUGCUGCAUCAGCAGCAUCUGUGCCUGGUAAUCAUGAGAGGAAUCCCAUAGAAGAAAUGCGUGCAGCAGAAGCUGCUGGAACUUUUGUAUACAUCCCUCCAGAAGGUGAAGAAAAUCAGUUUGUUGAUGCCCCAUCACCCACAGAAGCAUUAUUACAAACACAAAGUCUGCCAGGCGACGAACUCCUGCUCCCAUCUGCACCUAUCGAUCCUGUCGCUGCUGUGCCACCUGACGUGUCUUCUGAGCCUUUAAUAGCCUCAUCUUCUAUACCACCAUCUUCUAGUUCUCCAGUUCCAGAUUCUAUGAUUGGUGAAACAGGCGUCAAAGGAUUUGAAGAUUCAGGCUUCAAGGGAUUUGAUGAAAAAGAGGAACCCUUUUUUGAUGAUUUCAUGAAUAAAAGAAAUGAAGUAUCAGAAACUGGUGUGGAUUGGCAGAACCUGUCAAGUGCUAGCACUGUCCCCACUAUUCCCACUCAGGAAAGUUUAGAGGUUGACAGUGAUUUGGGUGCAGACAAAGUAACCCAAGCCAUUGCUCCUCUUGAAAAGAAUAUAGUAGAACAAACAGCAGCAGAGAGUGAUAUCAAAAUCUUGAGUGAAAUUCCUGAAAAAGAAACACAUGAAUUAACAGAAAAGCCUUGGGACAGCGAGGAGGAUUUCAUUGAAUGUAAUCCCUCUAAAAUGGUAGAAGUUCCUGGAUUGAAGGAUUGGGAUGGCGAAGAAAAUCUUUUUGAACAAAAUCCUUCUGCCAAACCUCAAGAAGGUCCUGAGUUGAAAGGUUGGGAUAGUGAAGAAAAUCUUUAUGAAAGUAAGCCAUCCGCCAAGUUAGAGGACUCGGGGGUAAAAGAUUGGGAAAGUGAUGAGAAUCUGCUGGAAUCUGAUUCUCCUUUAGUGUGUGCACAGGAAGAGCAUGAAAAAGAUACAGUAAAACCAAAUGUACAACUUGAUGAAGAGGAUAUUUUAGGUUUAGAAGAUGAAGCCAACCCUGAAUCUGGAGCACCUUUAACAGCAGCAGCAGUAGGAGAGGCUGCUGUAGUGUCGUCCGUAGGUUCAAGAAAGUUCUUAGACUGGGAUGAAGAUGAAGCAGAAGACUGGGGUUUGGAGCAAAAGACUGCGAUAGAUCCCCAAGAUCAGUUUUUGGACUGUUUUGAAGAUGUUUCCCUUGAAUUCCACUUGGAGAAGAAAAGUCACGACUCUCCCCCAAUAGGGACCCCCUUAGUUGACAUUAGUGAAACAAAGGAACUAGUUACUCCAGGUUUAGUCAAGAACUUAUCAUCAUUCGCACAUUGCCCAGCUGAACCUUCUUCAGGAUUUAAAAAAGAUACAGCUCAUGAUGGUAGCGGAAGACCAACUAUAGAUCAAGCACAGCUGGAAAGAGAAUUGGAGUUAGACCUGGAAAAUGUUCGAAUUGAUGAAAAUAUUGAUCCUAACGAUGUGAAUAUGGAUGAGGAGGACUUGUUGGCUGAUUAACAUGGCGUCUUGAUGGGCAUGAAGAAAAGAUUUUGUUUUAUUUAAUGUUGUGUAAAUAGCCUAUUCUGAUUCAGAUUUUAUUUGUUAUACAUAUUUUAUAUGGUACGGCAAGACAGGAAAGGUUGAGAACCUACAGUAAGUUUUUUGUCCUUAUAUUAAGAGUUUUAGAAAAAUAGUUGCAAUUUUCCUGUGUGGGAUAAUUGUUCCAUUCAAUACAAGGAACACCAGCCAUUGCUAUCAAAUGUUAGGUUAGGUCCAUUCCAAUAUUUAAUUUUUUAUAUGUAAGAAAAAUAAACAUUAACAGCUG